AUGGUCUCCAGCGACUACGUGGCCAAGUCGGCCAUCCGCCAGGCCAUAGGCAGCAAAACUCCCAUUCUGUUACCUAUAUUUGCCCGAAACCACUGGGCUCUUGCCGUGCUCGAGCGCGGCCGUAUUGCUAUGCAGGACCCAACGCUGUCUUCUGUCUUGCUCUACGACUCAUUGCCCUCUGCUGGCAUCCGGGCCGAUGCAUCAGCUCAGGUUGCGGCCUUUAUCAGGCACUACCUCCCUGACACACCAGACUAUUUAUACAGCAACCCUAUGCCAAUUUUUAGUCCUGAACAGACAAACGGCAUCGACUGUUGUGUCUUCGUGUUUGCCUUCGGGAUGCAUGCCGUCGCCAGAUGGCCGCUCAGGGCCCAGCUGGAUCCGAGGCUGUGGCGACGGAUCAUGGCAGCUCUAGUCUUUGUGGAUGUGGCCACAUGGCAAACCAUUGUCCCUGCGCUAUCCAAAGGGCCACAGCCACCGCCACCUCUGACGCUAUCUACGCAUGGCAAUGAGGCUGGCACCGAAGCCGACAACCCACUUCAGAUACUCAAGGCGGCAACCCAGGCAGUCAAUGACUGGCACAGGGCACUCAAGAUUGAGGUCCAGGAUUACUACGACAGGGAGUCAGCAAAGCUGCAGGAGGUACUCUAG